AUGGCUAUAGCCACGAUGGUGAAGACUCAGCACUGGCCCUGGCAAGGCAAUGUUGAGACUCCAGGGGGCAAGCUUGCUAAAACAGCAAUAAAACAGCCUCAGUACCCCGCAAACUGGGCCCAGCCGUCUCCGGCGUCGGACGGUAUGGCGACCGGU